AUGCCUAGCUAUGCUGAUUUGAUGGCAGCACGUGAUCCUGCUCCUUCGGCAAAUCGAGGUCCAGUCCGCUUAUGGAUCUCAAGAGGUGAAGUGAGAAAGGCUUUAAAAGAACGGGAGUACGUAGAAGAAAUUUGGCAAGAAGAGGAGAUAAUGGACACAGACACAAUCAAUAUACCUGAAGAUGAUUCGGGCUAUUCUUCUGCAUUCAAUAAUGACGUAAAUGGUCUUUCAAGGGAUAGCUUCGCUUCAAGCCUUGCAAGUUUGGGCAAGGGAAACGCUGGUGUUUUGCUUGUUUUGGACACCAAUACACUUUUGGACGCAUUACCGUUUUGCACCACAAUGUUCACUCAGUGUUUGGCUCGCAAUGCCCAUGCAAUGAGUUUGGGAAGAUUUACAGUAAGUCCUAUUUCCUUCAUCGUUCCUAAAGUGGUUGUCGGUGAAUUGGACAAUCUCAAAACACGAGAUAAAACAAGAGAUAGAGCUCAACGAGCCAACAAAUGGAUUUUAGAAACUAUCAUUCAACAAAAAAGAAGAACAUAUACACUUCCUAAUGCUCAACAAAAUCAAGUGGAAUUACUUCCGGAAAAUGCAUGGGCUUUGCAUAUCGAAAAUAAUGCUCAUUAUAUCAAAUGUCUUCAAGAUCCACUUUAUCGUGGUGAAUCACCCGAUGAUGAAAUCGUAUCGCUUUGCAGUAUCUUACAACGUGAUUCUGGUCAAACGGCAUGGCUUUGUUCGGAUGACAUCAAUGCAAAGUUACGCGCAGAAAGUGAAGGUAUAAUGACGUUUUCCAUUUCCAAGUGGAUCAAAGAUGAAGUAGGUUUCGCCAGAGAAGGCAAAGAUGAAAGCCUUAGCAAGAGCAUAUCUGAAAUGAUUGAUCAAUGGAUUGAUCAGAUGGGUAUCCAAUCAACAAAUUUGUCCGGCCAAUCGCAAGAUUUCGGCAGUCCGACACAAUCGUCAAGUAUGACAAUCGACAGUCCUCCAACUUCACCGAAUUCAGACCCGAGGCGAAGUCCAAAGCAAGGGCUAAACGAUAGCAUGCAUGCAGUGAGUAAUUACACCUAUCAACCAAGACGUAAUAGCAGACCUCAAAAUGGCACCUCACGAUAUCCGUCUCGAACACAACACUCCAUGCCAAACACACAUGUUUACUCCGCCACUGAUCGUACAUCCGGCUCAUCAAUGUGGGCAAGCAAGCCUUGA